GUCGUUGAUUGUGAGUUAAACCGCCGGGCCACAUAACAGAUACACAAAUUGACGAAAAAAGAAAAAAAAAAAAGAAAAAAAAAAGAUUACGUAGUUUUUUUUGCUAACGAAUUUGGAUCCAAGCUAAAGAAUGUCUAACGUUUCGUACCAUAUCGCCAAUCUUCUAGAAAAGAUGGCUUCCAGCGAUAAAGAUUUUCGCUUCAUGGCGACAAAUGAUUUGAUGGGUGAGUUGCAAAAGGAUUCUAUCAAGUUGGAUGAUGACUCUGAACGCAAGGUUGUUAAGAUGCUUCUCCGACUUUUGGAAGAUAAAAAUGGUGAAGUUCAAAAUCUGGCUGUGAGAUGCUUGGGACCAUUAGUUACCAAAGUGAAGGAUGUUCAAGUAGAAACAAUUGUUGAGCAUCUAUGCACAAACAUGUCUUCUGACAAAGAACAGUUAAGAGAUAUUUCAUCAAUUGGAUUAAAAACUGUCAUUAGUGAGUUACCCUUGACAGCAUCUGGAAUGGCAGCAUCUGUUUGCAAAAGAAUAACAGGGCGUCUGAAUACUGCCAUUGCUAAACAAGAAGAUGUUUCAGUUCAGCUUGAGGCCCUAGAUAUCCUGGCUGAUCUUUUGACCAGGUUUGGCAGUCUUCUGGUCUCUUUCCACGAAGCCAUCCGUGAAGCUUUACUUCCGCAACUGGCCUCCCCACGUCUUGCCGUGCGCAAACGUACAAUCCAAGCUCUGGGGCACUUGGUCAUGUCUUGCCAUCAUACUUUAUAUGUGAAGAUUAUGGAACACCUUCUCGAUGGUCUAGCCAAAAAUUCGACUACUUCAACAACGAGGACCUACAUUCAAGCAGUUGGUGCUAUAUGUCGGCAAGCAGGUCAUCGUUUUGGCGAGAACGUGGAGAGAGUGGUGCCGUCUCUAAUUCAGUUCAUAAAUGUGGAUGACGAUGAACUCCGGGAGUUCUGUCUUCAGGCUUUUGAGGCGCUAGUUCACAAGUGUCCGAAAGAGAUGGCACCCCACGUUGGAACCCUUAUCGCCAUCUGCCUAGAACUUCUAGCCUAUGAUCCGAACUACAAUUAUGAAGAGGAAAAUGCCGAUGAUGACGACGGUGAUAUGGAAACGGAAGAAGAAGAUGAAGAAAACGAGGAAGAAUAUUCUGAUGAUGAUGAUAUGUCCUGGAAGGUACGUAGAUGUGCUGCUAAAUGCUUAGAGGCUAUAAUAAGCACCCGACCAGACUUGCUGUUUGAUUUCUAUCGUACAGUUUCUCCUGUCUUAAUUGGACGCUUCAAAGAACGGGAGGAAAAUGUAAAAGCUGAUAUUUUCCAUGCAUUCAUUGCUCUUCUAAAGCAAACGAAACCAUCCGGAUCUGUUCGUGAUGAUGGGUCAGGCUUUGGCGCUAACCAGGAGAUCUAUACUGUGUUAAUGCAACAAGUUCCUCUAAUUAUUAAAGCUACCAGUAAGCAGAUGAAGGACAAAAGCUUGAAAACGCGACAAGGUGUGCUCGCGCUUUUGACUGAGUUGGUCUUGGUUAUUCCCGGAUGCUUGAGUCCUCAUUUUAGUCAACUGGUUCCAGGAAUCCUCUUCUGUCUCAAUGAAAGAAACGCUAGUUCUCCGAUGAAAAUAGACACUCUACAGUUUGUGCACACGGUACUAGUUCAUCAUCCACCCGAAGUGGCUCACGAACACAUUGCAGCCUUAUUGCCUUCCUUGUUAACCGCUGUGUCCGAUCCGUUUUAUAAGAUCACAUCAGAAGCUCUCUUGGUUCUCCAGCAAUUGGUGCGAGUGAUGCGUCCUUUGGAUUCAGCCACCACCUUUGACUUUACUCCGUACACAGUGUCCAUUUAUGAUAGUGUACUAGUCCGACUCAAAGCUGCUGAUUUGGACCAGGAAGUCAAAGAACGUGCCAUCUCGUGCAUGGGAUUCAUUGUUUCUCAUUUGGGAGAUCACCUUGCUGAUCAAUUGAUGGUGUGCCUCCCGAUUUUUCUUGAUCGCCUUCGAAAUGAGAUUACCAGGCUAACGACAGUCAAAGCUUUGACAAAAAUCGCUUCUUCGCCAUUGCACAUUGAUAUCCGCCCAUUGUUGCCCGAAGCACUUCCAAUUCUAGCCGGAUUCCUUCGUAAGAACCAACGAGCUCUUAAGCUUACGACACUUGCACUGCUUGAUCGCAUCGUAAACAACUACAGCGCUGCUUUGACUCCGGAAUUGCUGAAUGCAGUUUUGGCCGAAAUACCGCCGCUAUUGUCCGAGUCGGAUUUGCAUAUCGCGCAGUUGACACUUCAUUUGCUGACUUCAGUUGCGCGCAAUCAGAAAUCGGCUUUUCAAGCUGGCGGAGUAAAUGCAGGCAUUUUGCCCGAAGUCUUCGGCCUCUUGCGUUCACCUUUACUUCAAGGUGUAGCUCUAGGUUCUCUUCUCGAGUUUCUACAAGCUUUGGUAGAGUUUAAUGCGCCGGGAACUGGACUGAGUUAUCGUGAUCUGUUGCUGUCGUUGAUGAAUUUGGCGUCGAAACCAGGGCUUCAUAAAACUGCUCAUCAUUCAGUCGCCCAAGCUGUUGCCUCACUGGUUGUUACUCAACCUGUAGCUGAAGCGUUUACAUUGGUGCAGAACUUCCUCCAGGAGGCUCAGAGACCGCGUUCUGAUUGGCAGCAUAUCUUUGCGCUGCUAUGCAUGGGAGAGAUUGGCAAAAGAAUGGACCUCCAUCAGGUUCCUGGUUUGGGACAGGCCAUUAUCGAUUCAUUCGGCCCACCGAAUGAAGAGGUGAAAUCUGCAGCUUCGCACGCCCUUGGUUCAGUAGCAGUCGGGAAUCUUCCAGCAUUCUUGCCCUUCAUCUUAACACAGAUUGAAACUCAAUCACGGCGCCAAUAUUUGUUGCUGCACUCGUUAAAGGAAGUGAUUACUUCGUUAUCACUUGGAACGGAGGCCAUCGCACAACUGCGUCCCUUUGUACCCCAAAUUUGGGAUCUUCUGUUCCGUCACUGUGAAUGCAACGAAGAAGGAACACGUAAUGUCGUAGCCGAGUGCUUGGGCAAGCUUACGCUAACGGAUCCCGAGGGAUUGCUGCCCCGACUGCGUGUAGCUCUUAAUAGUCCUUCUGCGCUUAUGAGGACCACUAUCGUCACAGCCGCGAAAUUCACAAUUUCUGAUCAAGUCCAAUCGAUCGAUCCUUUGCUUAAACAAUGCAUGGGCGAUUUCCUUCAAACCCUACAGGAUGAUGAUCUAAACGUGCGACGAGUAGCCUUAAUUGCGUUCAACUCGGCAGCACACAACAAGCCAUCACUGAUCAGAGACCUGCUCGAUUCGGUUUUGCCUCAACUAUAUAACGAGACUAAAGUUAGAAAAGAGUUGGUGCGUGAAGUGGAAAUGGGUCCUUUUAAACAUACCGUUGAUGAUGGCCUAGACCUCCGGAAGGCUGCCUUUGAAUGCAUGUACACUCUACUGGACUCGUGUCUUGAUCGCCUGGACGUUUUUGAAUUUUUGAACCAUGUUGAACUAGGGCUGAAAGAUCACAACGACAUUAAAAUGUUAACAUACUUGAUGGUUGCCCGUUUGGCCACGCUAUGUCCAACUGCGGUUCUUCAGCGUCUCGAUCGGCUGGUCGAACCCCUACGGACGACUUGCACUGCUAGAGUUAAAGCGAAUGCUGUUAAACAAGAAUACGAAAUGCAAAAUGAACUCAAGCGCUCUGCUAUGCGUGCUGUAUCUGCGCUGCUGAUGAUUCCGGACUCGGAUAAGAAUCCACAACUUAACGAAUUCGUCCUGCACAUACGAUCAUCACCCGAUCUUCAGGCUCUUUUCGACUCUAUACAGAAAGACGGCUCCGGACAUCACGGAAAUAUGGCUGGCACGUCAAGCGAUUCGAACAUGGACUUAAGUUAAAGCGGUGUAAAAUAAUGUAUGUACUACCAUGGAAAACAAGAUACUGAUUGUUGA